GACCCGUACAUGCCCAAGAAGAACGUGACUCGCAUGGUGAGCAACUCGAGGAUCUACGAGUACUGGCAGGACUGUGUGCGCAAGGCCUAUCACUACUUCGGCUUGCCACGCAGCAAGACGGGCAAGUCUUUCAUCUCCAAGGAGGACUUGAAGGAACUGGCGCUGUACAAGGAACAUCCAGACACGUACGCAGGCCGGGUCUACUUUCCGAAAGCACCGCCGAGAGAAGGGGAAAGCUUACCUGGCAAGUCACGUGAUGACAAAAGCCGAGAUGAAGGGGCCAGGUCUUUGUCGCACUCGGCUCUGGUUGAGUCCCUGGAUACACCCUCGGCUGUCGAUGUCACUCCUGUCACUCCUGUCACUGUGGAUGUCACUCCUGUCACUGACAAUGUCACUCCUGUCACUGACAAUGUCACUCCUGUCACUGACGAUGUCACUCCUGUCACUGACAAUGUCACUCCUGUCACUGAUGAUGUCACUCCUGUCACUGACGAUGUCACUCCUGUCACUGAUGAUGUCACUCCUGUCACUGACAAUGCCACUCCUGUCACUGACAAUGUCACUCCUGUCACUGUGGAUGUCACUCCUGUCACUGACAAUGUCAGCUGUGAUGCUGAGGCAGAGUCUGUGUUGCUCCGAGAGAGGUCGGGCUCCCAGGGGUCGCGAGAGAGGUCAGGCUCCCAGGGGUCGCGAGAGAGGUCGGGUUCCCAGGGGUCGCGAGAGAGGUCAGGCUCCCAGGGGUCGCGAGAGAUCUCAGAACCCUUGACUCUGCAGGGGGGUGGCCGAGUGUCUGGUCAACUCAGCUCCACUUCUGCACAGCCACAGUCCAGUUUGCUAACUGACCAAUCACAGCCAGAGUCCAGUUUGCUAACUGACCAAUCACAGCCCGAGUCCAGCUUGCUCACUGACCAGUCUCCAACUACGUCUGGCGGUGACCCCGUGACCCAGGAGCUGUCUCCGCCCUGUUCCCACCCGUUCACUGCUGCGACGGGGGACACCCGCGACACGGCGCCAUCUCUCGCCGACCGUCUCUCGGAGAACAGCGGAGCCCAAGAUAUACCUGAGGUCCCCACGAGUGACGACGUCUCGCCGACCGCCCCGCACCCCUCCAGUGACCUUGACCAGCCAGCUGGGACGGGAGGAGAGGGGUCGACGGAGCGAGUCAGCGCUGAACCCAGCCCCUCGGGUCAUGACUCGGCCGACACUGACCGGGCUUGUGGGGGAGGCGUGGAGGGCCGGUCAGGGGACAAGUCUGUCGGGUCCGGGGAGGGGGUCCGGG